AUCAUCGAUUUUCAAGAGGAACAUCGAAUGGACCUCACGUCAAAAGGAAACAAGGUUAGACGUCGACAGUAUUGGCAUCCUGUUGUUGUGUAACUGCACGGAGUCUUAAUAUUUCUAAUCCUCUGAAAGCAACAACCUACCUCUUCAAAAAGGGAAGUGGGCUAAAGGGACACAACCCGUGGAUGACGGUAUACCAGGCCACAGAACGAAACCCAGCUUAUAAGAGACCAUAGAAGCCAUGUCUGAAACAGUAACCGCUGUCUCCGAAAAUGUCAGUUCAGAAGCCCGAAAGAUGGAAAGCUAUGACAAGCAUGAUGCUCCCCCUGCUGGCAAUCUUGGAUCCUUCACCGGUCUGGUACUACUUAUUCAGGGCCUGGGUCUGACAGCAGUCAUCCUUGUGGCGGUAUGGAUGGGACACUUUCGUGAGGGCUUUGCCUGGACCAGUGACCCCGCCAAAGAGUUUAACUAUCAUCCUGUGUUCAUGGUGAUAGGACUUAUCUUCCUCUACUCUGAUGCAAUCCUGGCGUACCGUGUGUUUCGCAAUGUUAAGAAGAUGUACAUCAAGAUUGUACACGGAUUUAUACACCUAGGAGCACUGGUUUUUGCCUCGGUGGGACUGAAGGCAGUGUUUGAUUCCCACAACCUGGCCCCCACACCUAUACCUAACAUGUACAGUCUGCACAGCUGGCUAGGUAUCAUCACUGUGGUGUUGUUUGGUCUGCAGUGGCUCAUAGGACUGCUGACCUUCCUGGCACCUGGUCUGUCCCAGGGACUUCGGACCCUAUACAUGCCCCACCACGUAUUCUGGGGCGUGGCUAUUCUGUGUAUGGCGGCUGCCACAGCACUGAUGGGAAUCACAGAGAAGGCCAUCUUCUUGAAAAGCACUAUUCAAUACACUGAGAAGUCAACAGAAGGCCUGGUGCUGAACUCACUCGGAAUUGUGAUUGUAGCCCUUGUCGCCCUGGUGGCCUUUGUGGUGACACGACCGGAAUACAAGCGACAGCCCUCCCCAGAUGAAGACCAUAUACAGCUGAUGGGUUGACUCGAGAUACGUCCCGCCAAAGGCCUAAAAAUGAUCUGAUUGAUAACUUACGAGGGCCAUAUCUGAUGUCAUGACAACACUGAUCCAUAGACAGCCUACUGAGAUACUUUGGAGUUAUUCAGAGAUAUAAAUCUAUCUUUAAAUCAUUUUUUUGUCGAUCGAAAAUUAUUACCAAAAAGAUAAUGUGUUCUAGAACUCUGUAAUAUUGUGUGGAUCAAUAUCAUAGAAGACAUUUUUUAACGUUUUGGACCCUGACAAAUUAUAAGUAAAUAUUUGGUUGAACAUUUUGAUAUAGAGUGUUGCAUAACUUUAAUGUACAGUGACAACUUUAGACAAUAUCUGUGUAUGAAUCAGUGUUGCCCAAGGUUCCAGCUCUGCAUGUUUCCUUUAAGUAACUGCCAAUAUUUAAUGGUUGACAUUGUCGUUCAAAGGUACAGUAUAUGAAUAUAUGAUGUGUAUAUGUGUGUCUUAUCAUUAGGGUGAUUAUGUAACCAAGCUGAACAUGCAAGUAGUCAGGAAGUCUUCAAAGAUAUGAAUAUAUUUUCUUCAAAAUCUUGUGACAUUUCUGAGACAUGUUUCAGAUUCCUGUACACUUAACUUACAUUGUGUUGUAGAAUCCUUAUAUACAAUAUACAACCUUAAUCUGGCUUUGUUUUAUUGACCUUUAAUUGUUCCUAAUGACCUCUUCUGUGUUGAUUGGUCACUGAGAAAAUAAUAAUGAUACUGACUUUAUCCUCUGUCUAUCUAAGUAGACUUUACCAUUAGACAAAGAUACUGACUUCAUCCUCUGUCUAUCUAAUUAGACUUUAUCAUUAGACAAUGAUACUGACUUUGUCUCCUAUCUAUCUCAGUAGACUUUACCAUUAGACAAUGAUACUGACUUUGUCCCCUAUCUAUCUAAUGAGACUUCACCAUUAGACAAUGAUACUGACUUUGUUCUCUACCUAUCUAAGUAAACUUUACCAUUAGACAAUGAUACUGACUUUUUCCCCUAUCUAUCUAAGUAGACUUUACCAUUAGACAAUGAUACUGACUUUGUCCCCUACCUAUCUAAGUAAACUUUACCAUUAGUCAAUGAUACUAACUUUGUCCUCUACCUAUCUAAGUAAACUUUACCAUUAGACAAUGCUACUGACUUUGUCCUCUACCUAUCUAAGUAGACUUUACAAUUUGACAAUGAUACUGACUUUGUCCUCUGUCUAUCUAAGUAAACUUUACCAUUAGACAAUGAUACUGAUUUUGUCCUCUACCUAUCUAAGUAGACUUUACAAUUUGACAAUGAUACUGACUUUGUCCUCUGUCUAUCUAAGUAAACUUUACCAUUAGACAAUGCUACUGACUUUGUCCUCUACCUAUCUAAGUAGACUUUACCAUUUGACAAUGGUACUGACUUUGUCCUCUGUCUAUCUAAGUAAACUUUACCAUUAGACAAUGCUACUGACUUUGUCCUCUACCUAUCUAAGUAGACUUUACCAUUAGACAAUGAUACUGACUUUGUCCUCUACCUAUCUAAGUAGACUUUACCAUUUGACAAUGAUACUGACUUUGUCCUCUGUCUAUCUAAGUAAACUUUACCAUUAGACAAUGAUACUGACUUUGUUUCCUAAAUAUCUAAGUAGAUCAACUUUACCAUCAGACAGCAUGAAAUAAGCAGAAAUAGGUUUAAUGUGUAUUUGUCAUAUGUUAUACAGAAUGUGUUCAGUUUCUAUUUUGAAUUCUUUUCAAAGCUGGUUGUGUACUUGCUAAUGUAUAUUUUCAUUGUGGAUUUUUGUAGCAUGGUUUGUUAGUUCAGUGCAAUAUUGAUAUGGUUUUGAUAUUAAAAUGUUAUGUUGCUAAUUGUGUGUUAUAAUACAAGUAAUAAUGAAGUUGUGAAGAUCUUUGCCAUACAAAAUUAUGAUGUACAAUUAUAUAUAAUUAACAAAUCACUGUGGACACACAUGCUAAAACUCUAGUGCUACAUUUACGUGUUUAAUUGAUGUUCUACAGAACUACAUGGUAAUCAUGUUUAUCAAAGUAGAGGCACAGAUAGAGAACUUAAGUAUUUAUAAGACAAGAUUUUUACCAUACUUUAAAAACUUGACAAAAAACAGGAACAGCUGCACGUCAGUGUCUCAUAAAUCCAGCUUGGCAGGUUGAAAAAUAUAACUUAUGGCAUUUUAACUGAGUUAUAAUUAAACAAUAUUAUUAUGUUAACCCUGAUAACAGACCACUUGCAAUAAGAUACCACUUUAUUGACCUAACAAAGAUGGUCUCUGAAUACAUACAGGUGUAAUUGUAUUGUCAAUACAGGUGUGAUUGUGUUGUCAUUACAGGUGUGAUUGUAUUGUCAUUACAGGUGUGAUUGUAUUGUCAUUACAGGUGUGAUUGUAUUGGUAAUGUAUAUCAUGCAGUUCUCGCUGAUUCUAUAAAACAUUUCCAUUGUUAACGCUACAUUCCUUCAAACAGUUUUAAUAGUAUAAGUUGUUCUGCUGCUGGGUAUUACUUCCGAUACAAACGUUGGUUUUGCGAUAGGUGUUUGAAUAGUAUUUACUGCUGCUGGGCAGUGUGAUACGUGUGCUGUGUGAGAUACGUGUGUUGGUCUUGCAUUAGGUGUUUGAAUGGUAAUCUAGUAAUGGUUGCUACCUUAUAUCAAUGAUAAAGAUUCGCUGAGGAGCCGAAACUAGUCGGCCAUAUUAAACAUCCACUUAAACUGGUGACGCCCAAGCUGUGCUGUGACUGGACCCCUCUCCCUAUAUGGUAUCACAGCUUGGAACAUUCACAGCCAGGGUAAUGUAUAAGGAGAAACUUCAUCUCCUUUCAUUGUUAUAUAAAUGCAUUUGUUUAUUUAAAGAUUUGUAAUUUGAAAGAGAAGAUAGUAUCAUUGUUUUUUGUUUACCUAUACUUUCUAGGAUAUGUUUAACUUGAUAUGUAAUUUUGUGUCGAUUUUGUAAAUCUGUUGAUGUACAUUGUAUAUGUAUUCAUGUUAAAUUUCCUUUCAAAUAAAUUCAUGCACCUGAAAAUCUUCAGGUGAAAGUGAUGGAGGAGAAAA